GGGAGAAGUUGGCUGGUGGUGGUGAAGAUGGCGGAUGGAGACAGUGGGAGCGAACGCGGUGGUAGUAGUGGAGGUGGAGGUGGCAGUGGGUUUCAGCAUUUUCAGAGGGAGCAGGAAACCCAGGAACUGGCGUCGAAGCGACUUGACAUCCAGAACAAGCGCUUCUAUCUAGACGUCAAGCAGAAUUCGAAGGGCAGAUUCAUCAAGAUAGCCGAGGUUGGGGCCGGGGGCUCUAAAAGUCGACUGACCCUUUCUAUGUCAGUUGCGGCAGAGUUUCGCGACUACCUUGGGGAUUUCAUUGAACACUACGCCCAACUUGGGCCCAGCAGCCCCGAGCAAAUCGCGCAGUCCUCUGGAGGUGACGACGGUGGGCCUAGACGAGCACUAAAAAGUGAGUUUUUGGUCAGAGAAAACCGAAAAUAUUACCUCGAUCUAAAGGAGAAUCAGCGAGGGAGAUUCCUGCGAAUACGGCAGACCGUCAAUCGAGGGCCCGGUUUUGGAGUCGGAGGCCCGGGAGGUGGCAUGCAGGCCGGGCAAACCAUUGCCCUACCGGCCCAGGGCUUAAUAGAAUUUAGAGACGCCCUUGCCAAGCUUAUAGAUGAUUAUGGUGGAGACGACGAGGAGUUGACUGGGGGAACAGCAGCGGGAGGCUAUGGCGAGCUUCCUGAGGGCACAUCUAUUAUGGUGGACUCCAAAAGGUUCUUUUUUGAUGUUGGGUCCAACAAAUAUGGAGUGUUCCUAAGAGUCAGUGAGGUAAAGCCGAGCUACAGGAACUCAAUUACUAUCCCCUUCAAAGCAUGGGGCAAGUUUGGUGGAGCUUUCUGUCGCUACGCGGAGGAGAUGAAAGAGAUCCAAGAGAGACAACGGGAUAAAAUGUACGAGAGGAGAGAAGAAUCUGAAGGCGAGGACGUGGAUGACGACUGAUAAGUUUUAAAAUCUUGAUUAGUUCAAAUGAGAUCUGCAAUAGAAUAUGUUGUGAAAUGCAGAAAUGACCAGAAAAAGUGCAUGAUGAAUUGAACUUAAAUAGCCGUACUAAAAUAUUGUGGCGUGAUACUCAUUUGACAAGUGUAGAUCAUACUAAAGUAUAUGUCAUGAGAGGAUCUCAUGGAGAAAAAAAAAAAGUCUAAAGCUUUGAGUGAAAGCUGUCUUACGGAGAGGGGAAAGUGUGAGUUAUUGUUAAAAACCGCCCUGUCAAACCAGCAAGCCGUUGUCUGAGAUGACAAUUAAACCUUAAUAAUGUCAAAGAGUAUCGUUGUUAUAUUGCAAACGCAACGAAUAUCCAUUAACCCAGAAAGUGAGAAUUGUGUAUAUUGUUCUGUUAACGGAGGGGGGUUGAAGAUGUUGAGAGAGUAAGAGUGUAAGAGUUUAUUGCCAUUCUAUGAAUCACUGGUCGUGACAACGUCUUUGCUGUCCUAAUAUGAGUGGAAUUCCAUCUAUACAAGUUCGACCAUUGACCGGAAGGAGAUUUUGUGCUUCUCAUGAUCUGAUACUACGUUUUUUUCGGCUUGUUUGUGUAGAAAAAAAGCGGCCUCCGCCUUACACUGAACAACAUAUUCAGAUGUCACUCUUAAUGAAUUGUGUUCGACAAGCCAUUGAAACGAUUCAGCCAUGUAAACCUAUCCAACAUGUUACCCAAAAACGCACGACAAAUUUCUUAUAGGAAACCCCCAGCCCAGGAGGCGUGGGAAAAAGCUUCUUGUCCAACAUUUGUAUGGAGAAAGGACAUACUAACUUUUGUGUACGAUCAACGAGUAAUGGUUUCGGUUUGACGGCUUAAUUGUGGCAAAAUUAAACGAUCAGUGUCAAACAAGGAUGUCCUCAAAGCAACGAGAACACACUCCAGGCAGCUUGGGAUGGGAGGACAACUGACAGCCACUGUGUAAUCGACGGAAUGGCAGGACUUUUCCAAUAUUGUGAAUGGAAGAACGAUACCGCCUACUGGAGUACUGAGGACUGGUGAUUGGAAGCUACUUGUCGGGGUGGGGGGAGAGGGGGGGGGUGCCACUCAGAGUAUCUUCUCUUGCAACUUGAAUCAGAGACCAGAUUCAACCUUAAUGUAUGUUUAAGGUAAUAAGUCCUUUUUUUCCAAGACAUGGGGACAGAUCAAUUGAAUCAGUACACAGCCUGUUCACACUC